CAAAAACAUAACUGUUAUUUCUUCUUCACACCUUCAGCCCCCCAGUCACUCUCUCUCUCUACCCACAAAAAUUAAAAAAAUGCUCAAGAGACAAGAUAGCUCGCUCUCCUCCUCCUCCCGCCGUCAAUUCGUCGCUACCACGCCGCCGCCACCGGAAACUCACGAUGUAAAAUCCGUCGGAUGCAUGUCCGGCAUCUUCAAGCUCUUCUCCAAGUACCAAAAUCCCAACAAACGCAUCACAUUCGGUCGGAAACAGGUUAAAUUGAAGCCGCCGUCGCCAGCGAAAAGCAGAAAACCGCCACCGCCAGCGGCGAAGGAGGACGAAAUCGAAGAGAAAUCGCUCGAUUUACGGAGCCCCACGCUCCCGCCGGAGAUCCGCCGGCAGCAGGAGAGUAUUCCGCGGACGCCGCCGUCCCCGUCGCUGGUGGCGCGGCUCAUGGGGCUGGAGGAUCUCGGCGCCGCCGCAGAUAAGCCGGAGGCGGCGGAGGGGGAAGGGGAGAAUCGCGUCACGGAGAAGAGGCGGCGGCUGCUGCUGGCUCUGGAGAAGUGCAACGAGGAUCUGGAGGCGCUGAAGAAGAUCAUCCGGACGGUGCAGGCGGGGGACGCGCGCGUUCCGAAGACCGACGGCCGAAGUGCGGUGGACGAGGAGAAGAAUAUUCCGGCGGUGGCGGUGGAGGAGAAGGAACUAACUCGCUCGCCACUCAAUAGUGUCUCUGUAGAACAGAAUUCUGCUGCAGGUGCAACUCGUGUUUCACACUUGCGUAAGACCACACCAGGAAAAAAGCCAGGGGAAAACGACGAGCCGAUUGCUAAACUUCUAAACAAGUCCUCGAUUAUCGAGUCUUCAUUACGUCUGAGGCGACAAGCCUCGGCAGCCAUAGCACCGCCAUGGUGCAGUCGAGCCAUGGUCAAAAGUGUGGAAGAAGUGUGUGGAGACAUUGUGUGGGGCCAAAAGAGAGAGAUAGAGAGAAUAGGGUUAGUUUUGCAAGACCACUUAUGUAGGGAAUUGGUUGAGGAGCUUGCUAUAGAGUUGAAAUCUUGCAAUAUCUAUGCAUUGCCAUUUGAUUCAUGCAAGAGGAAGCUUUGUUUCUAAAGUUCAAAAAUAGUAUGUGUUGUAUUAUUGUGAAUACAAAUUGCCAUUUUAGGUAGGCUUGUGUUUUCUUUUGCACCAAGAAAGAUGUGUGAAAUGGGUUGUCUAUUUUGUAUUGGUUGUUUGUUUUUGAAUCAUUUAUUUACUUUAAAAGCUCCUGGUGUAUGCUUUGGAACGAGAGAUUCCAUUUGUAUUGGGCCUUGUCUAUUGGGCUCAUGGGAGGAAAGGAAAUAG